AUGAAGUCGUCAUUUACAUUUAAAAUCGGGGUCCUUUUGCUUCUCGUCACUCAGCAAGUGACCACGAGUCGGCUACCUCCUCCCGAGGAUGACGUGGAGGAGGAGCAACCUACUGAGCCGACAACAGGCAACGGAGGUGACGAGAAACUUGAAAAACCAGAAGCCGAAGAACUGAAAGAAGGAGAGCCGGAAGCUGAAAAAGCGGAAUCUGAACAACCGGAAGCAGAAAAAUCGGAUGCAGAAACACCGAAAGAAUCAGAGGGUCAAGAACCGGAAGAAGAAGAAGAAGAACUGCGCGGUUUAAGAGGUCAAGCCAACCCGUUAGCCGCCCUGCACCAGUCCGCCGUCAAGUGCGCGACUCGUGGAAGUUACGGGGUUAAAAACGAAUGUUCCAAAUAUAUCGAAUGUCGCAAACAAGGUGCCAUCACUGCGACCAGAUAUUGCCCUUCGGGAAAGUUCUUUGACCACUUUAAACGCGUCUGCAUGUUUUCGGGUGACGCAUUCUGCAAAGAUACUUGUCCCCAAGAUGGAGUCAAAUUUGUCGAUCCCUCAGAUCACAAAGGAUGGUUGGAAUGUGUGAAUGGUGUACCAAUGCCAAAACCUUGCAGAAAUGGUGAAGUUUACAGCCAGAGCAGUAUGAGGUGCGAGCAUGACGCGGAGGAGUACUCGGACGGGGAGUACUACGAUGACGAGUAAUAAAACAACUUAUCAAGGAUGGAUGAGUGACUGUACGAUUAUCCAAAUAUUUGUGUAUUGCAAAUAAUUUCUGUGUAUGCACAUAAAUAAGUACACGGUAUUU